AUGACAGAAGAAGUAUCCUUGGGCACCGACAUGGCCCGCUCUGACACACUGAAGAAGAACGGUCAUGAAGAGGUUCAUCUUGAGAAUGUAUCUCCCACGCCACCUGACCGGCAGCCCAAUAGGAGCUCUUGGACAGAUACCUCUCCCACCAACCCUCAGAAUUGGCCUGUCUGGAAGAAGAAUGCCCAAAUCCUGAUGGUGGCCUUUCAUUCGAUGGCUGCAACCUUCAUGGCGGCCGGCAUUAUACCGGCCUACGACAUUAUGGCUGAAAGGUACAACGUAACCGUGCCACAAGCCAGUUAUCUCACCUCUGUCCAGAUCUUGCUUUUAGGAAUUUGUCCCCUUUUCUGGAGACCUAUUACCUCUACUUACGGACGAUACCAUGUUUUCCUGUUUUCGGUCCUUGGAAGUAUGGUUUGCAAUAUCGGCGGAGCACGUUGUACAACCUACGGGACACAAAUGGCCACUCGAGUGCUCACUGCAGUCCUCAUUUCUCCUCCUAUUGGGAUAGGCAGCGGUGUGAUCACGGAGCUGUGUGAGCCGGAGAAGCGAGCGCAGAAACUUGGAUGGUGGACACUUAUGUUGACCCUUGGAACUCCAGGUGGGCCAUUCAUCAUGGGCUUUGUCACAAAGCACAUUGGGUUUGAGUGGAUCUAUUGGAUAUUCGCCAUGAUGAAUUUCGGGCAGUUCAUCGCUUACCUGCUCUUGGGUGAAGAAACGCUAUACAUCCCGACAGACGGUGGUCUUUCUGAUGCAGCGGUGGCGAGAUCUCGCUUCAUCCAGAAGUUUAUCCCUCGCCGGAUCAACCCUCGUCCCCUUAAGAUUCGCGAAUUCAUCGAGCCACUUCUUUUUACGAGGCUGCCUAGGGUGCUGAUUCCUGCGUUCGCUCAUUCUAUAGUGUUUUGCUAUGGAAACAUUGCUCUGAUUGUCGAAAUGCCAAUUGUUUUCGGUGAGAAGUUUGACUUCGAUUCGCAGCAAAUCGGUCUGCAGUUCAUUGCUAUCUUUAUCGGGUGUGUCCUCGGCGAGCAGUUGAGUGGCCCUAUGUCAGACCGGUUUCUGCAAGUCAUGCAUAAAAGAAGAGGAUAUCACCGCCCCGCAGACCGGCUAUGGCUCUCAUACAUUGGAUUUGCCACUGUCAUUGCUGGCCUUCUCGUAUGGGGCUUCCAGCUACAGAAGGCUACCAGCUGGAACGUGACCCCAUGUGUGGGUGCAGCAAUCGCCAGUUUUGGGAACCAAAUCAUAACGACAAUCCUGAUUUCGUUCGCCAUCGACAGCUACAAGGAAGCAUCGACCAGUAUUGGCGUCUGCAUCAAUGUCUUUCGACAUGUGUAUGGUUUUAUUGGUCCUUUCUAUUUCCCUGACAUGUUCGAGACUUUGGGUCUGGGCGGUGCAGCUGGAGUCAUGUGUGCUAUCAUCGGAGUCUGCGCACUUCUCCCAAUCAUCACCAUACAUUUUGUGGCUACGCGCACAGACCAGAAGAUGCAAGUUGAUGUUACUGACUGA